ACUUGCGACAAGAGAAGGUUAGUAUUAUGUUUGUGGACGAUUUCGUAAAUAUGAAGGUUGUUUAUCUCUCAUCAAAGGUCUCUGAUUCCGAAAGAGGAAUCGGAAUUGGAAUCGAUGAAUGUUCAUCGAGCUUUUUAAAAUAUCAAAUAUUGUACCACU